AACUUGGUUUGGUCUUCAAGAAACAAACACCUUUCUCUCUCUUCUACACCGUCAUCAUCAAUUCAUCAUCCACAACAAAAUCGAACGUAUUUAGACGGUUAGACCCCCUGUUUUGUAGUAUCUGUUGAUUGAUUGCGAUUGAAACAAACUAAGAUGGUGAUGGGGAAACUCAAAAUUGGCGGGGCUUGGAGUGGCGUGUUAGAAGUCGAGCUGGACGACUGGACUGUCGCUAAGCUGCGUGAAGAGGUCGCCAAUCGAUCCGGCUUCCCUACUCCCAACUGCCUAAACCUCAUCUCCUCCGGCAAGGUCUUGAGAGACGGCGACGCCUCCCAAAACUUGGCCCAAUUGGGGCUUAAAAACAACUCCAGGAUUCUCGCCUCCAAGGCUGCCGUCGAUCAACACGGCAAGUCCGUCAAAGAGGAGUUUUUGGCCGAGGAGGAGCGCUCCAAUCGCCUUUCUAGGCUCAAGAUAGCUGCCACUAUAUUGGCCACCAGACAUGCUGAUGGUUCGUUACCAGUUGAGGACUUCAAUCUAGAGCUUGAAAAUCAGAGUGGGCAGAAGGUGGAGUUGGGGUCGGAGACUGACCAGCGGGCAAUUAUGAUGGGACUUAUGCUUCAUGCAAAUGGAAAAGCUCUUAUGAAAAGGGAACAAUAUAGAGAUGCAUUAGAAGUGCUCAACAUGGGUGAGGAAUCUUUUUCUCUAUGCAACCCAAAGGUGAUCGAGAUGGUUGAUAACGUACCAAUUCUUCAAAUAGACAUGGUCUGGUGCUAUUUUAUGCUCCGUGAUAUCAGUUGGCUAUCAGUAGCAGGGAUUCGCCUGGAAAAAGCCAGGGAAGGUAUUGAGCGUGCUCAUGGAAAGGAAUCUACUCGUCUCAGAAUCCUCCAAGGAGGUCGUUACCCUGAGCUAGCUUUGCACUUGAGAAUGGAGUUGUUGGAAGGAGUGAUUGCAUAUCAUCACGGUCAUUUGCAGAAAUCUAAGAAUGCCUUGAGCUCUGCUCAAACUAGAUACCUCCAGCUUCAGGUACCAGAUGACUCACUGUCUUUUUUACUGAGCAUGGGGUAUAAUGAUCGUGAAGCAAAGAGAGCUCUCCGUAUGAACAAUUUGGAUGUCGGAAGUGCUCUUGAUUUUCUUAUCGAGGAGAAAGCUAAAAGGGCACAGAAGCGGAAGGAGGAUCUUCAAAGGCAGAAGGAAAUAUUAGAACAAAAGAAAUAUGGAAAAACGCCGCUUAAGAAAGCUGUGAAUCUAGAGAAGCUGAACCAAUUGGUCUCCAUUGGGUUCCAGAAAGAACUUGCUGCUGAGGCUCUUCGAAGAAAUGAAAAUGAUGCCGAGAAGGCUCUGGAUGAUUUAACAAAUCCUGAAACUAAUGCCGCCUUACAGAAUGAAAUUAUAUCCAGGAAACGGAAAAGAUUGCGUGAAGCAACAAAAGCAGGGAGUGAUAAUCUCGUAGCAAUGGGUUUCGACAGAGCAUCAGUGGAAGCAGCUCUUAACAGGUUUGACUCUGAAGAGCAAGCGUUGAACUAUCUAGUUACACAACCCAUCGCAAACGCAGCAGGUAGCGUUGGCCCAGACCACCAAGUUGGAGGAUCAACUGGUGAAGAAAGGGGCAGUGGAGGUAGCGGCCACGAAGCUGGAGGGUCGUCGACUCAACCCGAGCCUGCGGAGGAGCGGGACGUUGAAAUGGAGGAUGAGCUGACGGGGGAGUUGGGAAACGCGGACGCGUACUCGGACUAUGAUAUUGAAGUCACAAAGGAAGGAGAAGCCAUCAAUGAGUAUUUAGCACUCAUCAGCUCUGCUGAGAAUGCCUAGAAAGUAGAAAGUUCCAACUUCCACAAAUUAUUGCCCUAAUUCUGUUUCCUUUUGUACAGUUUUUAUGGUAGUUAACUAACAUUCGACUUAAUAGCUGAUGACAUAUCUGAUGCUGGUUAGUAAAACUAGUAAAAUUAUUGAGUCACUAUAUUAGUUGAAAGUUGAAAAAGCCCUAAUAUAUAGUCAUCUUUUCACUGCGAGCA